ACGCGUAAGCAACGUUGCCGUAGCGUAUCAAAGAAAACGCCAUGUGAUCAAAGACAAAUCAAAACCCCGGGUCCCCAUACUCAUCGUUGUUAUCGUAACCGCGCAUUCAUGUGUGUAUAAUGCCGCUUAUCAAAGAUCAUCGACGGCAUAAAACUUCAUUAGAUGUCCUGUCAUCCAUCAUCCGUCUGUCACUCUUGCCUGUGAAAAAGUCCUAGGCAGUCACACUGCUUCCCAUCGAGCCCCAUCGGAACCUCCUCAGCGUUCCACCGGAUGUAGACUUGACCAGCUCGCGCCCACAGCUCGCAGAGGUGUUUGACGCCGAACCAACAGCGCUUAAGGAACCCAGCGCAUUCCCCUCUUGCCGACCUACCUCGCGCCCAAUGACAUAGCCUGCCCCAAACCCUACCACGGAAACCAAUACCACCACACCAGCGCUCACCACCCAAGUCAUGAGCGUCGGGCUGAGGAAGGUUGCUGUCUCCCCUUCGGCGAAUCCAGGUGAGUUGGUCUUUUUCUUCUUGACAGCCCGUGAGGAUUUUGUCUGGUUGGUUGCGCCACGCUUGUGCUUCUCUACCGAAUCCUGCUGCUCCUCCUUUCCUCUGCUCGACGUGGAGCACGGGGCACUGGGAGCACUGGAGUUGGAUGCGGUUCGAAGUGGAGCCUUGGGCGGCCCGCCGGAUCCGCCAACGGAGGGCGGAGGUGGGCCUUCGGCCAGGAGCUCCGAUUCAGGAACGAGCCUCAGCUCCAUCGGUUGCGAGCUUGGCAGGACACCAACCCCUGCACCGAGUCCACCCAUGCCGGCAUUUGAGGGUCCGGCUCCACGUCUCUCAUCGGCCUUUCCAAGACCACGAGCAGCCUGAGCACACGACAGCAGAGUCGUGAGUGAAGCACGAAGCGCGGCGUCGUGAUCGGCUUGGUAGGCAGGUGACAUGAAAUUCGGGUGGCCGCGAUGCGUACGGGUGUGUGAGCGGUGAGGCAUGGGAGGCCGUGAUUGGGGUGGGUGGUGAGGAGGUACUGAGCUGGUUGAGUGGCGGUGGGUUAGGUGUGAUGGCGGGUGCGAGAAGGCAUUUGGCUGUGGCCUGAAUGCGGGCGCAUCUGACGGGCGACCAAGGGCGGUCGCAUUCUCGUCGUCGUCACUAUCAGUAUCGAUAUCUAUGGCCCGGCGGAUGGUAGUCUGGUAACGCAGCAGAUUCGCCGAGGGAUGCACUGCCUCGUUUGAGCUCGUCAUAACUCUAUCCUCUUCACUCUCCGUCUCGUCAUAUUCUUCCUGGCUGCUGGUAGCGCCGCCACGACUGGAGGGAUGUCCGAUAACGAAAGAUGCGGGCAUUGGCCGGUGCUGCUGCGACCUCCUCCGCCUGGGCGGGUACGAGUUGGUGCCGACCCUGAGGCCCGUAGUUACAAUUUCAUCUCCGAUAGAUGACAAGGACGAAGACGACGGCUGCGAGGCUACUUCUACCCACGACUCUGCAUGUUCAAAAGUUAGUUUAUUGGCGAGAUGGAUAUCACUCUCGAUGCAGUACUGACCAUCAUAUUGGCGACGCGGUGAUGUCCCGUCAGAUCGCCCCGUGGCCCCCGCGCUCUCCGGAGCAUCGCCAUACAGCCCUCCCGGCCCGGCGCCUUGAGAAUCGUAGGGCCCCAUCGUAAACGCAAGCUGUUUAUUGGAUAGACAACAGGUCUUUCAAUGCUUGGUGAUUUGUUGUCAAGUUGUAGCCCCGUGUUUGUUGGUUUACGGCACGCUCCGGUUUGGUGAUAGCUGUCCCCCUUGGCUGGUCCCCGCCCGUGCAAAGUGGAGCCGUGAACAAGGAGACAACCUAUCUGACAGGAUGGUUCGAUGAACAAACGAACAGUGCGGGGAAUGGGUUGACGUUGACGUUGACGUGCGACGCCGGGAGCCAGGUAUUGUGGAUGAGUACUCUGUUGGUGAAGCGAGGUUGAAUUCCUGAUAGUCGAUAGGUUCGUUGAGGCUUUGUCGUUCUUUGUCCCUCCAGCCUCGAUGGGCGAGUGAGCAUGCGCCGGGCUGGUUGAAGCUUGGCAGAACAGACGGGAGCGUGCCAGUGGCCGCCGUGAGGGCGUGGGUUGGGCUUGGCAGGUCGGCGUGACCAGACUAGCUUGUUUCGGGAAAAGUGGAGAGGUCAUCCUUGGCCCUCCUGCAAGCUCAUUCGCUGCUUACCAGCUCAACCCUCCCCACUUGCUUGUCUGCUGGACAGGGCACGCUUCUGUCCAAUGACGCGAUGGUUUGUUGAUUAGCAGGGGUAACGCGGCAAGAGGUGCGAUAACGAUAAGAUGCCAGAGCGAUUUACUGCGUAGAGAUGCAACCUGGGAUACUUACCAGCUGCGUGAGGUCGCAAUAACAAGAGGUUUAAGAUCAGUAGAUGGACUGAUAGUGGCAUACAUACAUCAUUCCAAACUUGCCAUCAGUUAGAAGUCCGUAGAAAUGUGAUUCAGGCGCAAAACGUCAUCAUCUAGGCAACUACUCGUUACCGGACGGCUCUCGCCCAGUGCCGGGCCGGGUGAAUGAAAGGCGGAAAAGGCCAUGUCACGUCGAUGAAGAUUCUUGCCUGAUAAUAAGCGCAAGGAUGGCGUCCUCAGGCAUCAUGAAAUGUACAGCAUUAUGAACAUCCCUCAGUCGCCAGAACAGACACGUGCCUGGGUCAGCACCAAGUCGAAACACCUUUGCCGUGCUUCUCCUUUAGGAAAUUGUGUGCUCACCUACUUUCCUUCUGAGAGAUCUGGAUGCCACACACUUGGAUAAUCCUUACGAUCGAUUUGCUGCCCUAUGCGACAGUUGAGCCUCCCUCAAGCAGUCAUCACGAUGAACACAAGAUGACUGGAAAUAAACUGCGGGGGGAACACCUGCUCGACAGCAGCCCCGCUCCGGCUCCGCAACCAUGAACGAGAGGUUUUCUUUCUUUUUCCUUUCAGCGCAGACGACACACACUUGCACGUACUCGGACGCAGAGAAAUAAGUGGUUUGUCUGGGUUCCUCGGAUGAAGACAUGGUGAUGUGAUAGAGGGGGUGAUGUCUCGGAUAGCUGAGGUUAUCAUGGAAGUUGGUCUGACUCCCGACUGUCUCUCUACAGCACAGCACAGCUGCAGAAGCAUCUGCAGCCUCCUGCAGAGACCUGUCCCAAUGGUCGGCGAUGUUUGGUUUCUAGGUGGUCCUUCAACCACGACCACCACGGCAGCUUGUACAGACCAAAUCAUGAUGGAUCGGUGUGGCUUACGUGCUUCGAAAGCUGGAUGGCUCACAGGAUGGUUUGAAGGCAACCUCAAGAUCGGACACCCCACGGCGAUAUUUGUCACGGACAACACUAGCCAAUGUGAGAAGACACUACGGGAUGCUGGACAAGAACGCGGGGGGACAACCCAACCGGUUGGUCAUCUGAAUUGGUGUUGCAAAAUGCAGCAUCCCAAUGAGGUGGCAGGCAAACCCGUGCUCGACGGCUUCUCGGCAGUCGAUUCUCGAGAGACUGGGGAAGUCGGGCGGUCAUUCAUCGGAGCCCGACUUGACCAGCCUAGAAGAGCCUCAUGCCUCUUGUUGUGUAGCAUCGAGUGUGCAUGA